AUGGCGGAUGAGGAGGCUCCGCUCCUCCGUCCGCGCGACGGCGGCCCCGGCGGCACGGCCGAGAGCGCUGAGCCUGCUCCGAAGCGCCAGCGCCUCGACUCAGAAGACGGCGGCUGCGGGAGGGGCGCGGCGCCCGCCCAACGGCCAGACUGGGGCGCGGGGCCACCAACCGCCGCCGCUGCUGUGGCAGUAGAACUGCCGAGCGAGGCGGCGACCGUGGCUGCCGAUGGCGGCGGGGGCCGGGCGAACAAGGAAGACGACGAAACGGUGGCGGCGGCGGUGGUCUGGAGCGGCGCAGACAAUAGGGCCGAGCUGCGGGGCCUGUCCCGGGCGGAACCGCCUCCGCAGCCGCGGCAGCGGGGCCGGGGGGAGGGGGCGGAGGCGGCGCCCGGCGAAGACGCGGCGGAGGCGGCCAUUGGCUGCAGGCGGGCGCAGUGUUCAAACGGGGCGGCCGAAGCGCCGGCCCUGCAUCCCGAUAACUUCCUUCUUAGUGAUGAAAUCAUAGCCAAUGGUUUUCACUCCUGUGAUAGUGAUGAAGAUGACAGAGCCUCACAUGCAAGUUCUAGUGACUGGACCCCAAGACCACGUAUAGGUCCGUACACUUUUGUUCAGCAGCAUCUCAUGUUGGGUACCGACCCACGGACAAUUCUGAAAGACCUGCUACCAGAAACAAUCCCUCCACCUGAGCUGGAUGACAUGACACUCUGGCAAAUUGUUAUAAACAUUCUUUCAGAACCACCAAAAAGGAAAAAACGGAAAGAUAUUAAUACCAUUGAUGAUGCUGUGAAGCUUUUACAAGAAUGCAAAAAAAUAAUGGUCUUGACUGGAGCUGGGGUGUCUGUGUCUUGUGGAAUACCUGACUUUAGAUCAAGAGAUGGCAUCUAUGCACGCCUUGCUGUAGACUUUCCAGACCUUCCAGAUCCUCAAGCAAUGUUUGAUAUAGAAUACUUCAGAAAGGAUCCCAGGCCAUUUUUUAAGUUUGCAAAGGAAAUCUACCCAGGACAGUUCCAGCCAUCUCUCUGUCACAAGUUCAUAGCUUUGAUGGAUAAAGAAGGAAAACUACUUCGCAACUAUACUCAGAACAUAGAUACCCUAGAACAGGUUGCAGGAAUCCAGAGGAUAAUACAGUGUCAUGGUUCCUUUGCAACAGCUUCCUGCCUGAUCUGUAAAUACAAAGUUGAUUGUGAAGUUGUUCGAGGAGAUAUUUUCAAUCAGGUUGUACCCAGAUGUCCCAGAUGUCCAGCUGAUGAACCACUCUCUAUCAUGAAGCCAGACAUAGUGUUCUUUGGAGAGAACUUACCCGAGCAGUUCCACCGUGCCAUGAAGUAUGACAAAAAUGAAGUUGAUCUCCUUAUUGUCAUUGGGUCCUCACUGAAAGUAAGACCAGUAGCAUUGAUUCCAAGUUCCAUCCCUCAUGAAGUGCCUCAGAUCUUAAUUAAUAGGGAACCUUUGCCUCAUCUACAUUUCGACGUGGAGCUUCUUGGAGACUGUGAUGUUAUUAUUAAUGAAUUAUGUCAAAGGCUAGGUAAUGAAUACACAAAACUUUGCUACAACCCAAUAAAACUUUCAGAAAUAACAGAAAAGCCUCCACGAACGCACAAAGAACUUGAAAUGUACUCAUCUGAGCUGCCACCUACCCCUCUAAAUAUUUCAGAAGGCUCUAGUUCACCAGAAAGAAUGACUCCUCCAGAUGCUUCAGUGGUGUCUUCAGAACACCCAGCUGAAUGUAAGGUAGAAAACUGUGAUCCUGCUUCAGAAACUAAAGAGACCUGCACAGAGGAAAAGUUUCAAGACACACAGACAACAUCAGACAACCCUGAAAAUCCUGCUAGUGAACUAAUGAACUCUGAAACAGUGAAGGAAAAUGGAUCUAACAACGGAGAAAAAGAAAAAAAUGAAAUCUUGAAGAAGUGCUGGGUAAACAGAUCUGCAAAAGAACAGAUUAGUAAAAGGCUGGAUGGUACUCAGUAUCUGUUUUUACCUCCAAAUCGCUAUAUUUUCCACGGUGCUGAGGUGUACUCAGAUUCUGAAGAUGAUAUCGUAUCUUCUAGCUCUUGUGGGAGCAGCAGUGAAAGUGGUUCAUGUCGUAGUCAGAGCUUAGAUGUGGAGGACGAGAGCGAGAUUGAAGAGUUCUACAAUGGCAUAGAGGAUGAGGAUGCUCCUGAAAGGGAGGAGGAACCUGGAUUCAGGGAGGAUGGAAUUGAACAAGAUGAAGCAGUAGCUGAGGAGUCAGCUUACACAAGUGAAGCUGCAGGGACUGAGCAGCCAAGCAACAAGUUGUAACGUGAUCACUGACUGGUUACAGGAACUUUCCACCAGCAUUAGGAGCUUUGGCAUGUCAGAAUGAAUGUUUACGUCCGGAUUUAGAGCAACAAAAACAUACAGAUGUAGUGUUUAUAAAUAACUAAAACAGAUUUUCAUGCUUAGUUUUUUACCUUUUUCAAUAAAAUUCUAUUACUGCGCACUCAACACUAACUCAUCUUUUUUUUUUUAAGGUACUAGGAAUAUCACUAUGCUCACUUUGAAGUUCAUCUGUCUGAGCAGGCAUCCAUGUAUAUAACGCAUAUUUUUGUUUAAUGAAUUCCAGCUUAUAUUAUUUUUAAACAGUUUUGAAAAAGCCAUUGGAAUGUUAAACUAAUAUAAAGGGAACAGCUAAUUAAGACCAAAGAAUGGUAUUUUCACACCUCUUGCUUUGUAAUACUUUGGUUUAUUUAAAACCUUCUUAUGCUUUUGCUAAACCUUUCAUUCUGCCUAGUCUGUCAUUAAACACUGGCAUUUUCUAAGACCUACUGUGGCAGCUAAUUUUUUGCUUUAAGAGAUACUUUAAAUGUUUGAGACAUACUGAAAUGUGAGUAGAUAGUUAAAUGGAAACAUGCCAGUGAGCACUUAGGGGCUGCCAUGGUUUUCAGACGUCUAAGAAGUGCUGUGAAGAUGCUGAGGUGAAUGCUGGCUGUGGAGCAGGUGCAGUGCUGGUGUUGGAAAGAAACUGGCUUCCCCGUGGCAGACAUUUGCUACACUGUAUACAGGAGCCAAGUAUAGUACAGCUUUAUUGCAAACAGCAUUUGAGAAGCUGCCAAGCUGCGGAAGUGAGGCCAAGUUCAGAACAGGCUUUCUACCAGUUGGUGAGAAGGUGCAAAAAAAACCCCCAAAAAACCCACAAAACACAAAAACCAACAACAACAAAACAAAGAGCAAGCUCUUCCCUGUUAUGGAUCAAUGCACCAAGCCGAGAAACACAAACAGCCAGAGCCUCUGCUUACCCUGCUGCGUGGAGAAAACACAACCUGGAAGCACACUGUUAAACGGGCACAUCUUGGGGUAAAGAUGUUCUUUCCCACCUGCUAGCUGCAUCUUGCCUCAACUCUGACAUUGUAUAUAUCCAAGUGCUAGGCUGCCUUGCCACUGGAUGUUGCAGAUUGAAGUGUGGCUGUUUCCAAGCUUUUAGAACUAUUUUGUACAAUGCACAGUGCAGUAGUGUGAAACAGCCUUUUUCUAUAAACCACUUCUUCAACAUUGGCCCAAAUGAACUCUACAACGUAGACUACUCAUAUUCUUUAAUAUUUAUUACAUUUUGGAAGAUGGAUAGUAGCUGUUCUUUAAGCAUAAGAUAGAUCAGUUACUAAGUAAGAACAGCCUUCUGUAUUCAUCAGCAAAUGUUGGCAUGUUGUCUCAUUGUCCAAAUUUAAUGCAGCUCUUAUUUGGCUACACUAAAGAAUGCAAUAUGGUUAGUUUUCACUUGCAUGUCAUAAUGUAUUAGUUUGUGCUAUAGGAGAUAUUUUAAAUUGCAAUACUUUGUUUUAAAUUAUUUUUACAGUGAGGAUUGUUUUCUGCUCUUUUAUAUUGUAUAUAGUGUCUUUUAUGUAAUCUACUGGCAUAUGUUUUGUAGAAGACUGUUUAAAAUGACUGGCGCUCUUCCUGCAACUUUUGAAAUACAAACCCAGUGUUUUAUACGCGUACACUCU